CCUCACCCAUCAUUCCUAUGUCCUCUGCCUUUCUUUUUGCACAAUGAUGUGCGCAGGUAUGCAUUUUGACUUGUAGCAUGCACGGAGCCAGUGAGCCAGCCAUUAGCCAUUGUUCUUCCAUCUGCCUCCUCCUCUGUCCAACCUGUCCUCAGCUUAUUCAGUGAGGCACAGCCAAAAACCCAUAUAUAUACAGGUAUGCAUUUUGACUUGUAGCAUGCACGGAGCCAGCGAGCCAGCCGUUAGCCAUUGUUCUUCCAUCUGCCUCCUCCUCUGUCCAACCUGUCCUCAGCUUAUCCAGUGAGGCACAGCCAAAAACCCAGUGCCACCAGCAAGAGACGAUUAAAGGAGCAGAGAACUUGCAGUCACUCUUUUCAGAGCACGCGGAUCCCUCGCGCACAAUGUUCAGGGGGUGCGGCCUGUUCGCCUGCGCGCGCCGGGGCGGCGACCUCAGGAAGCGCGGGGAGAUAGGCGCGGCGAGCUCGCGGGUGGCGCCGGCCGAGCCGGUGGGCGUGGAGGGGGAGGACAGCAGCGCGGCGAGGCAGCUGGCAUGGGCGGAGGUGGAGACCGCCACGCAGGGUUUCUCGUCCAGGGUGAUCGGCCACGGCGGAUUCAGCACGGUGUACCUCGCCUCGCUCUUCUCCUGCCUCUGCGCAGUCAAGGUCCACUGCAGCAGCGAGCGCCUCCACCGCGCCUUCCGCCGGGAGCUCGACGUGCUCCUCUCCCUUCGUCACCCGCACAUCGUCCGCCUCCUCGGCUACUGCGACGAACGAGAUGAAGGCAUGCUGGUGUUCGAGUACGCGCCGAACGGCGACCUCCACGAGAGGCUCCACGGCGGCGGCGGCGGUGACGUGCUGCCCUGGGCGCGGCGCGUGGCGGUCGCGUUCCAGGUGGCAACGGCGCUGGAGUACCUUCACGAGAACCGCCAGCCGGCGGUCAUCCACGGGGACAUCAAGGCGUCCAACGUGCUCCUCGACGCCAACCUGGACGCCAAGCUCUGCGACUUCGGCUUCUCGGCCACGGUGGGUGGCGGCCGCCCCUCGGCGCGCUCCGUCAUGGGCUCCCCGGGCUACAUCGACCCCCACCUCCUCCGCUCCGGUGUGUCCACCAAGAAGAGUGACGUGUACAGCUUCGGGGUGCUGCUGCUCGAGCUCCUGACCGGGAGGGAGGCCGUCUGCCGCGAGACCGGGCACCGGCUCACGGCCGCGGUGGGGCCCAGGGUCAGCGACGGUAAGGUGUCCGACGUGCUGGACCAGAGGCUGGGAGGCGAAUGCGGCGGCGCCGAGGCGGCCGUCGUGGCGGAGCUCGCCAUGCGGUGCGUCAGCGACAGCCCCGGGCUCAGGCCGUCCAUGGCGGACGUGGUGCGCGUGCUCCAGGAGAAGACCUCCGCGCUAGCGUCGGCCGUCGGAUCGAGAUUGGACUGCAAGACGAUGUUCUAAGUCGGAUGGUGUAGGUUGUAAAUACCGUGUAAGAUUAUGUUUAGGGUAGUAAGGAGAAGAAUGUGAGUAGUGCGAUAAGGUAGCAAAAAAUUGUCUUGUCAGGGCGCUUUGUUGCAUCAGCGAGGAAGUAGCAAGGAAUGGGUAAAUUUGUAGAUUAAGUUUUUUUUUUUGACAUGGUUGGUGGAAAUAAGAACUCAAUUAAGUGUUUUUUUU